CAAACCCAUUUAUAUUCGCUGACAGGCGCUCUAUGAAUGGUUGUCUAUUAACUUGUUCAAAAAGUAUUAGGAGUUGACAAGGGCUCUGGCGAGGAGGGAAACCGAGUUUGUGUUGAUUCUUCAAGAGUGAGAAAAGAAGUUUGUGGGCACAACAGGACCUAAGAGUAGCCUACCUACUUCCACAGCAAAGUUACCAGAACUGGUAAGGUAACUUCGGCAACCACAAAUUUGGACUUUGUUUUUUGUUUUGUUUUUACCACUGGCGAGGAAGACUUCAAGAAAAUCGUUUUAAAUGUACAACAUGAUGGAAACCGAGCUGAAGCCCCCGGCCUCUCAGCCCAACGCGGGGGGCACGGGUAACACCAACUCUUCAGGAAACAACCAGAAAAACAGCCCGGACCGGGUCAAGAGACCCAUGAACGCCUUCAUGGUGUGGUCGAGGGGACAGAGGAGGAAAAUGGCACAGGAGAACCCCAAAAUGCACAAUUCGGAAAUAAGCAAACGACUCGGGGCCGAGUGGAAACUUCUGUCCGAAAGCGAGAAGCGACCAUUUAUCGACGAAGCCAAGCGCCUUCGGGCGCUCCACAUGAAAGAGCACCCGGAUUACAAAUACAGACCCCGGAGAAAAACCAAGACCCUGAUGAAGAAGGACAAAUACACCCUGCCGGGUGGACUUCUGGCGCCGGGUGGGAAUGCCAUGGGUGCCGGUGUAGGUGCUGGUUUGGGCGGUGGGGUCAACCAGAGGAUGGACAGCUACGCUCACAUGAACGGCUGGACCAACGGAGGCUACGGCAUGAUGCAAGACCAGCUUGGUUACCCGCAGCACCCGGGGCUGAACGCGCACAACACGGCGCAGAUGCAGUCCAUGCACCGCUACGACAUGAGCGCGCUCCAGUACAACUCCAUGACCAACUCGCAGACGUACAUGAACGGCUCACCCACCUACAGCAUGUCCUAUUCGCAGCAGGGCACGCCGGGAAUGACGCUGAGUUCCAUGGGCUCGGUGGUGAAGUCCGAGUCCAGUUCAAGUCCUCCGGUGGUCACGUCGUCCUCUCACUCCCGAGCCGGACAGUGUCAAACGGGGGACCUGCGGGACAUGAUCAGUAUGUACCUGCCCGGGGCGGAAGUCCAGGAGCAGAAUGCCCAGAGCAGACUGCAUAUGUCCCAACAUUACCAGAGCGCACCUGUGCCCGGCACGACGAUUAACGGCACGAUUCCCUUAUCGCAUAUGUAAAUGAACUUUUUUAAACUGCUGGACUCCUUCGGACUAUUUUUGUACAGAACACUUUGGGGAGGGAAAAGUUGUAAAGAGCUCAAGGAAAGAACACAAAACUUUUGCUUUAUUUAAAGAGGAACGGUAGGAACUCACGGUUUUUCGUUCUCUUUCCUUUUUUUAAUCCCACAAGGUGUGUGAGAUUUGGAAAGUGGAAAUGGAGGAGCGUAAAUCAAAUGUUUUAUUAUUGCAAUCGAUUUUUUUGUACAGUAUUUAUCAAAGAAACAUAAUAACAGCCAGAUGUAAUGUUUGUCAAAAGCAGGAGGUUGCGUUUUUACAAAAGCUAUUGUGCAAAAAAAAAGAUGGCAGAACUGAUGUUUAGUUGAGAAUGCUCCAGAAUUCUGCAAACUUUAAAAUGAAAGGACUGAAAAAGAGCUUCUUAUUGAAGGUACACGUAAAAAAAAAUCAUCAUUGUUAUUAUUAUAUUAUUAUUAUUAGUUCUAAAUGAGAGAACAACAAACCAAGGCACUCUCGCAGGUUAGAUCUUUUAUUUUAUUUUCAUUUUUCGGUCUCCCACUCUUCAUCUGUUAAGUAAAUGAAGUUUGUGUUCUUUAUUUUCUCAUGGUUUGUAAAUUUUUUGUAUAUUUACUGUGAUAUUUUAAGUUUUUAUUUUAAAACUUUCAUUUUUCGUAGUUGUAUUUUAAAAUGUGGCCUGUACGCAGUUGCCAACGCUCCAUGUAUAUAUAUUUUAACUAAUAACAUUAUAACAGUUACAAUCUGAGUUUUUUUUCAAUAUGCAGUUUGAAAUGAAUAAAUUUUGGAAAUUUGGAUA